ACCGUUCCAACAAGCGAUGGCCUUCAACCUCGAAAACAAGCUCAACAUGUCGCUGGACGACAUUGCCAAGGCCAGCCGAGCAAACAGCCACCGCGACCACAUCCAGCAGAGCAGCGGCGGCAAGAUCCGCCCAGGCAGGACCUCCAACAAGGCGUCAAGCCACCCAUUCCCCACCCGCAAGGAGACGUCGUCGAUUGAGGGAUCGUGGAAGCACGACAAGUUCAACCCAAAUGCGCGCCCAGACGAGGACGACACUGCCGAGGCCGCAGAGCAGUUUGCUAACAACAACAACAACAACCACAGCGAUAGCCACAGUGGUAAGGCGGGGCGUGCGCGCGCUGCGAUCAAGGCCGCUGCGACCGCUGGCGGCGGCGUAGACCUCACCAAGGCUCAGCGCAAGCAGCUGGCCCAGCAGCAGCAAAUGAUGAUCCAGGCUGCACAGGCUCAGAUGCAGAUGCAACAGCUCAUGCAGGCCCAGAUGCUGGGUAGCGCAAUGCAAAUCGCCCCGGUCGUCGCCGCCGCCACUACUUCUGCUGGCGUUGUGCCAAUCUCCAACCGCGUCGCCGUCCGCUCGUCAAAGUCCCGUGUCACCACAACGAAUGCUGCUCCUCAAGCCGUGUCCGAGUCGACAGGUGCAUCGGCCGCUCUGGCUGCUGCUGCGGCGUUGCGGCUCAACAACGCGGACGUGUUUGCUCGCCUCGGCGGGUUUGACGAGACCACCGGCUGCAAGCUGAUUGUUCCGGGCUUGCCCGCAAGUGUGUCCUUGAUGGAUGUUCAAACUUUGUUUGGAAGCUGCGGGACGAUCACGAGCGCUGCACUCAAAGCAGGCAUUGCUACCGUCGUUUUCGAGGAUGCCCAGAGUGCCCAAACAGCCUUUGCAUCGUUCAACGGCAAAUCGUUUGAUGGAGCCAUCCUGAGCAUUCGUGUCGUGUAACAAGCAACCCAACAACGAGCAAAGUACCCAAAACAACAAGAAAACAAAAUGAAAAGACGGGGCAAAAGUGGUUUGUUGUGCGUUUGUUGUGUCUUUCAUCGAUAUCACGUUUCCCUCUGUUCAAAUUUGAGACAUUUUUAACAACA